AUGAACGCCUUAAAAGCUAUUACUCUUCUCUUCGCCGCCGGUAUAUGGGUUCAUGCCGAUGCAAGGCCAACAGAUUACUUUAGCGCGACGGAUCCGCUGUUUGGAUCCUCGUUUGGCAUUCCAGGCAACCAAACGUUUGACUAUGUCAUUGUUGGUGGUGGCACGGCUGGUCUUGCGCUUGCUAAUAGGCUUUCCCAAAAUCAUGCAUGGACAGUGGCCGUAGUAGAGGCUGGCGGCUUCCCCGAGAUCGAAAAUGGAAACGUCUCCCAGAUACCGAUAUACGGCGCAAGCGGCUCCGAUAAGGGGACGGCAAACUUCAAUCCGGCAGUAGACUGGGGAUUUGUCACGGUGUCUCAGAAAGAGAUAAACAACUCUAGAGUCCACUACGCUCGUGGAAAAUGUCUCGGUGGAUCUUCUGCUCGGAAUUACAUGGCCUACCAACGCGGUUCUGUCGACUCCUACAACCAAUGGGCAUCCCUAGUUGGCGACGAGUCGUAUCGCUGGUCGUCUUUCCUACCGUAUCUUCAGAAGAGCGUUUCCUUCCAUGCACCAGACCCACUUAAGCGAGCCGCGAAUGCGACGCCUCAGUACGACUUGCGCAGCAUUGGUCAGAAAGGCGAAGUGUCACUCACAUUCUCCAAUUAUGCUCAAGCCAUCUCCUCCUGGGUACAGAAGGGAUUGGCUGAGAUGGGCAUUAGACCUGUGGCUGGCUUUACGAGUGGGCGCCUUCUCGGCUCCUCUUACGUCCUGCAGACCAUCCAGAAGUCCCAAGUCCGGGAAACAUCCGAGACGGCCUUUUUAGCGCCAGCACAACAGCGGGGGAACCUGAUCGUCUUCACGCAUUCGAUGGCGAAGAAAAUAUUGUUUGACUCGGAAAAAACAGCAACGAGCGUUUUGGUCGACACGGCGGGGAAGACAUAUACUAUUAGCGCUCGCAGGGAGAUCGUGCUCUCGGCGGGCGCUUUUCAAAGCCCGCAGCUACUUAUGGUAUCUGGAGUGGGCCCAAAGCCGACCUUGGACAAGUUUGGAAUCUCGGUCGUUGCAGACCGCCCAGGUGUAGGCCAGAAUAUGUGGGAUCAUGUUUUCUUCGGGCCCAGUUACCGUGUCAAAGUUAUAACCAGCUCUGCUCUCAACGACAGGGAAUUCGCAUCUCGUGCUGCCAUUGACUUCAAUAAGAGACAAGCUGGAAUCAUGACGAACUCUGGAGGAGAUUUUUUCGCUUGGGAGAAGUUGCCCGCGGCUAGUCGUGCGUCCUUCCCAAAAGCCGUGAAAAAAUCCUUAGACCGAUUCCCAGCAGACUGGCCUGAAGUCGAAUAUCUUACGGUUGCUGGCUUCCUUGGAGAUAACUACGAUUAUGUGAGAUCCACACCAAAGGAUAGUUAUAACUACGCAUCUGUGGUUGCCGCUAUUGUGGCGCCUCUUUCGCGAGGAACCGUAUCCAUCUCGUCUGCCGACGCUGCGGACCCGCCAGUGAUCGAUCCACACUGGCUGGAAGAUCCGGCAGACCAAGCGGUCGCUAUCGCUGCGUACAGACGCAUUCGUCAACUUUUUAAAACAAAGGCCAUGUCCGCGGUACUGAUUGGCCCUGAAUACUACCCUGGCAUCACGCAUGGACGACCACAAAGUGAUGCGGAGCUGCUAAGUAAGAUUAAGAGAGACUUUAACACUGUGUGGCACGCAUCAUGCACCUGCAAGAUGGGAAGAAGUAAUGAUCCAAUGGCUGUAGUAGAUUCUCGCGCGCGCGUCAUUGGAACAAACAAACUCAGGGUGGUUGACGCGAGCGCAUUUGCGAUCCUACCACCGGGACAUCCCGUCAGCACUAUCUACGGGCUAGUGGAGAAGAUCGCGGAAGACAUAAAGAAGAAUUAGGGAAGGAGGGUCAUGCUUGCAGCUGAGAGUUUGUGUAACGUAGAUGCACUCGUUUGUAAUACAAGUUCAGCC